GAGUAAGCGGUGCGUUUCAACCCGGAGCUAUACGGCGUCGUUACGUUCUUUAACCAAAAGAAUCUCUGCUUUUCCAACCUUGUGUCCUUAAACACUCACCUCACUCCUCUCACUCUGUUCACAACCCCCAAAAACACCAGAGUCGAAAAUGGAGGGAGCCGGGUCGAGAUUGAGCCGCGCGUCGUCGAGGUACGGCCCAACAACCACCGUCUUCAGCGGCCCAGUCCGGAGGUGGAAGAAGAAGUGGGUCCACGUGCCUCCAUCCCCUUCUUCCUUCCGCUCUCGCAACGCCCGAAACAACGACAGCAACUCCUCUCGCCUCAUGCUUUGCCGCUGGACCCCAAUUUCUGCCGCCGCUAACUCUGCUACCGGCUCCGGCGAGGAGCGGCCGCGCCGGAGGUUCCGCUACACCCCUGUUGCUGUGUUGGAUGAGCAGAAGAAGAUGGUUGAGAAAAAGAUUGAGGACAUGGAGGAUGUGGAGAACACUAGUGAGGGAGAGGAAUCUACAGUGCUGAGUGAUAAGUUGUUUGGGAAGUCAAACACUGAUCAAGUUAAGAAGCAAGAGACUGAGGCAUUCGGUAAGGCCAGCUCACAGGCCGCAAGUAUAAAUAAUCUGAAUUUAGAUCUGGGCUUGCAAGGUCACAGUGCCAGCCUGGAGUUGAUGAACAAAAUGAAAGGGGCUAAGACAAAGACUGCAAGCUCAGGUGGGUUUUGGUUGCAGUGAUGUGUAGCAUUUGUGCAGUCAAAUCUAGAGUGGCCUAGUAAGGUAGUAACAUGAAGUCGACAUUUGGUGACCCACUGUGGAUAUCAUCUUUUUUCUAUUAGUCUGAUUCUGCUUAUGGUGUAUGUAACUAAGCCAUAGGAUUAGUUGGUGGAUUCUGUAGGGCUAGUAAGUAACUACGUUUGCGGAUUCUGUAGGGAGAGUAAGUAGUACAUAAUCAAAAAGCAUAUGUGUUUGGCUGCU